AUACGUUUCCACCGUGGUGGGGGAAAGUGUUUCCGCCAAGAUGGUUGUCGGUGCCUUCCCUAUCGCCAAGCUCCUCUACCUCGGAGUGAGGCAGAUGAGCAAACCUGUGGCGAACCGAAUAAAAGCUGGGGCCCGUAGGAGCGACUUCUUUAAAACCUACUGCUGUAUGCCGCCCGCGCAGCUUUAUCACUGGAUUGAGAUGAGAACAAAGAUGCGCAUCAUGGGCUUCAAGGGUGCCAGCAUCAAGCCCCUGAACGAGGAGGCGGCAGCGGAGCUGGGGGCGGAGCUGCUGGGCGAGGCGGUCAUCUUCCUCAUCGGCGGCGGCUGCAUGGUGUUGGAGUACAGCAGGCAGGCGGCCAACGCUCGGCGAAAGGAGGAGGAGCUGAACGAGACCAUCGUGAGCCUACAGACUCAGAUAGCGGAGCUGUCGCUGACCACGGAGACCCUCAGCGCUCAGCUGAGAGAGGUCAACAGGUUGCUGCUCUCCCUUCCUGCUCCCACCAAGAAGUGACCGCCUGCCCCCCCCCCCCCCCUGUGCAGUGCGAAGUGGUGCAGGCCUGCCUGAAAGCAGUAAAAGUGCACCAAAGAAACACUGUCAUGUGUACAGCUUGAUUCUAACUUACUCGAAACACUGCCCCCUGCUGGAGAGCUGCGAAGACGAGGUUGGACCCCAGUGCACCGUGGAGCACGUCGUUUGCUCAUGUUUUGAGCAGCUGGUUGUAAAAUGGCAUUGCUAUGAUAUUCAUAGCGAAUUUCCAUGGUCGACUUUGCAUUCUUAUUAUAAUUAUUACUGUAUAAUAAGGAUGUACAGCAACGCUCUACCGUGAAGUUAAUAUAUCUUUUUGCGGCUCCUGCGCCUAAAGUUGAUCCACUGACAGUGAUGGUAGGACGUCGUUCUGGAACUGCUUACUUUCAUGUUUUAUCGGCUUGAGUUGGCAUGAGAACUACACUUUAGAGAGCUUCACAAACAGAAUGAGACUAAACAAACACACGAUCAUAUCAGGACAUUAAUUUUGGAAGCAUCUCCUGCUUUCCUGUUUUGAAAGAGAUUCUAGUUGUGAUCGCCGGCUGCUGUAUUACUGUUUGUAAUUGUUGCUGGGAAAAUGAAGGUGUGAAAUAAAAGUCUGUUAAUUUGU